AUGGAGGAACUAGAAGAAAUAGCAAUUGUCGGUAUCGGCUGCCGAUUUCCUGGAGCCAACAACAUCCAAGAAUUCUGGAAUGUUUUGGCUAAUGGAGAAAACCAUGUUAAAGAGAUACCAGGAGACAGAUGGAACCUUGAUGCUGUCUACGAUGCCGAUCCAGACGCAUACGGAAAAACUUAUGUCCGCCGUGCAGGGCUUUUGUCCAAUCAUGAUGUCUGGGAUAACGAUUUCUUUGGUAUUGCCGAAAAAGAGGCAUCAGAAAUGGACCCCCAACAACGCUACGUUCUUGAAUGUGUGCAUAUGGCACUGGAGGACGGCGGGAUCACAAGAGCAGAGCUUGAUGGUUCCUCAACGAGUGUUUAUAUUGGCGCCAUGAACAAUGACUCUAAAACAUCUAAAGACGGUGACUAUUCACUAUUGACAAAUUAUUCCGUGACUGGAGAUGCUGCCAGCAUCAUCACAGCUCGCGUAUCGUACCACUAUAACCUGCUGGGCCCUUCUCUUACCAUAGACACUGCAUGCUCCUCGUCUCUCGUGGCUGUCAACCUCGCAACCCAGUCUCUGAGAAUCGGCGAGUCUUCCAUGGCAAUUUGUGGCGGUGUUAACAGUAUUUUGUAUCCAGACAUGUUCGUCACUCUGACAAAAGCUCGGAUGGCGUCACCAACUGGCCAGUGUCAGGCUUUCUCCGCUAAUGCUGAUGGCUAUGCCCGAGGAGAGGGAUGUGGUAUUAUCAUUUUGGAGAGGCUUAGUGAUGCCCUGCGGAAUGAUAGACAAAUAUGGGCGACCAUUCGCACGGGCUGUAACCAAGAUGGUCAAACUGCAAAGCCAAUCACUGCUCCGUCUGAGAUCCAACAGAACCGACUUCUUCACGACAUAUAUCUGCAUUCCUACCAUAUCGAUCCCAGUCAUGUCCAGUACAUAGAGGCACAUGCCGUUGCUGAUUCGGCUGUACCAUUGUUUCUGCGCAUAUUCCCGGAUUCGGCUAUAGCAAAUAAAUACGAAUGCAGUCGUACGAAGACGACGGCAGUAGUGCGCUGUUUGGCUUAUAAUGACAAGGAAGAAAUGACAGGUACCGGAACCCCUAUCGGUGACCCUACUGAGGUCAACAGUCUCGGAAGUUUCUUUAAAGAUUUUCCAAUACAGCAUGAUGAAGUGAUGAAAAAGCGAUAUAUUGGAUCCGUCAAAACCAAUAUUGGACAUCUUGAAUCUGGAGCCGGAGCAGCAAGUCUUAUCAAAACUCUCUUGAUGAUGAAACACGGUAAAAUUGUACCAUCUCUGCAUUCACUUCCUCGGAACCCUAGGAUAGAUUUUGAUAAGUAUGGUUUAACAGUGCCUACAUCAAUUAAAGCAUGGCCUGAAUUGCUCGAUGGUUCGAGAGCUGCUUGCAUCAACUGUUUCGGAUUUGGUGGUACGAACAGUCACGCUUUUAUUAGGCAAUGGGUUGAAAAGCCGCCUGAACCUACUCAAAGCAACAAUGAAGCCAAGAUGUUUUGCGUUCCUGUAUCCGCUAAAUCUCAGACAUCUCUCAUGAUUAAUUUAAAGCACAUGGCUACAAAGCUUAAAGAAGAACCUUGCGAUUUGAAACAAUUAGCGUACACUGCUUCCUGCAAACGAGAUCAUUAUCGCUACCGAAAAUUAUUCACUGAGUCAAGUAUUAUAGAUCUUGCCAGAAGUUGCAACAAUGCCAUAGAUAUAACAAACAGCACAAUUAAACCAUGCAAAAACUACAGGAUAGUGUAUGUAUUCUGUGGUGUUGGAACAGCCUGGACCAAUAUGGGAAUGGAACUCGUUAAAGACUUUCCAGUGUUCGCCGAAACCUUGAAAAGCAUUGAUACAUAUCUGGCCUCGCUGACUGGCUGGUCAAUCACUGACAAAAUUCGUGACGGUGCAGAAAUGAAAGACCCUUUUACAAGUCAUAUUGGUAUAUUUGCAUGCCAAGUUGGACUGACGAACCUCUUAAAGCAUUGGGGAAUAUGCCCUGAUGCAAUCGUUGGGCAGUCUGUAGGUGAGGUAGCAGCAGCCUAUAGUAGCGAGGCUCUGUCACUGCGUGACGCUAUCAAAGUUAUAUACUACAGGUCGAAAUUCCUUGCUAAAGAGUCCGGAGGCAAAAUGAUUGUUGUAAGGAAUGUUAGUACUGAAAAAGUAGCGAAGGCAUGCAACAAAGUUGGUCAUGUUAACAUCGCAGUUCAUAUAAGUCAGGUUGCAUGUACAGUAGCCGGUGGCGAGAAGCAAGUUGACGAAGUAAGAUCCCUGAUAGAAGAGGAUGCAAAAUUGACAAAUCAUAUACCACUUAUCCAAGAUUUGAAAGUAAAUUGUGCCUACCAUAGUCAAAUGGUCAAAUCUGCAGCUGGACAGGUUAGAAAGUGUUUAAAAGGCAUCGUGCCCAGUGCUCUGAAAACACCGGUAUUCUCCACAGUGACAGGAAAUAUAGCAACUGAUUUUGGCACACCUGAAUAUUGGGAACGAAAUGUCUCUAAGCCCGUGUUAUUUUAUCAGGCACUUCUGAAAUCAACAAACAAAACAUCAACAGUUUUUAUCGAACUGGGACCUAAACCCGUUUUGCAGAUUCAUUUGAGUGAUAUAUUCAAAGACGAGGAUGUCAUGUCCGUUCCCUCUAUGAAAUCAAAUAGCGGGUCAUCACAAGUGCUUACUAUGCUCAGUGACUUGUAUACACUAGGUAUAAAUCCACAAUGGAGAAAUUUCGUACCGAAAACUGCCCAGACAACUUUACCUCAGUACCAGUUUGAUGGUAGGCACUUGAUGGUAGAAUCAGAUUACCGCUUCCUCAGGAAGAAGGGAUUGAUGGAUGACACUUCAAGUAGGUAUCUUAUGUUAACAAAAAAGGGGGAAGAAGGGAAAUUCAAGGUCAACAUUAGUCCACAAGAAACUCCUUUUGUGUAUGAUCAUGUCAUAGAUGGUGUAGUCAUCAUCCCAGGAGCAGUUUACACUGAAGUCGCAUUUGAGAUCGGAAUGAGCCUUAUGGGUAAACCAGCAGAAUGUAUGCAUGUUGAGUAUGAUAUCGUCAGAGCUAUUUCCUUGUCAAAAGGCAAACCAUUUUAUCUUGACGUGACAACCAUCAUAAAGGAAACGAAUAAUAAUGUGACGAACGUAGAAUUCUCAAUUUCCAAAGAAGAGAUAACCGUUGCUAAAGGAUUUGUUACGAACGGAAACCACACACACACGCCUAUCAUUCCAGUUGAAGAUGUAUGCGUACGAUCUGGCAGACAUACGAACCGCGAGGAAAUAUACAGCGAAUUAGCAAAACAUGGUUACCAAUACGGUCCGUCAGUCCAGAUUCUAGAAUCAAUUACGUAUAACAAUGAUGAAUGCACGGGGUAUAUACACCUCACUGACGAAGUAGAAAGGCAGAUCAACCAAACCUCUUUCCAUCCUGCAAUCCUGGACGCUAUGUUGCACUCAAGCGCAUUGAUUUUCCUUUCCGAUAAAAAAGGGUCUUCGUACAAGAUCUACCCUAUUCGUCUUGGAAACGUUUCUGUAUUUAGAUCAUUCGAGAAACGAAUGGUGUGUUACACGCGAAUCAUACAAGAGGUAUAUGACAGGAGCAUCACAAACAUCAUUCUGACUCGACCAGAUGGUCUUGUACUGGCUGAGAUAAAGGAAAUCGAACACCAGGUCAUGGACGGUAGCAUGGGAGUUAACACCAUGGCUUAUCAGAUCUGUUGGACUACUGAAGAUAUUUCUUCUGUUAUAAAUGAUACGUGUGAAGAGGCAAAACCAAAAGUAACAAUUUGUUCUGAUGACAAUGGAGUUCACAAUAUACUGCGAACGCGUUUUCCCCAAGGAGAAUCAUUCUUGUUCCCAAAUACGGAAGACGACCUCGAUUCAUUGAUGUUUUCAAUAGAUGAUGAAAACGCCGACCUGGUCAUAUUUACCCCUGGUUCGAAUGCUGUCCAACAAGUCCUCGAUAGUAAUUUCGUUUUUAAUAAUGUUUGUAAAAGUUGCGAGGCCUUCCUAAAAAUUAUGAAGAGAUUGAAAGACACCGAAAAAGUCAUAAUAGUUGUCACUGAAAACACACAAGAUAGCGGCAAAGAAAACAAAGUCGAAAGGAAUAUUUUUGGCUCUGAAUUAUGGGGAUUUACCAGAUCAUUACGACAGGAGGGAAUACGGUGCCGAAUGAUCCUGGUUGAUGUGCAGCCAUCAAUCGCUUCGGAGGUCGAGACACUUCACAAUACCAUAACAUUCCUCAUGUCCGCAAACGCCUCUUCGAUAAUGGAAUGCCUUAUUGUUGAUGGUCAGAUUCAAAGUAACUUUCUACAACGAAGACAACAGAGGGGAUUGCAAAUCCAGCACAGAAUGUUAUCUACUGACACACGCUUCGACCUCUAUCUACGGUCUACGAGGUCGGACAGGAUAGAGAGACCGUUUCUGAUACCAGGAGACCGCCAAUGUGGAUUAAGGAAAAACGUAGUCACUAUCCAGGUUGACGAAAUAUGUAUUCAUUCGCCAUCCGUAUUUUGCGUCACGGAAUUGGAUGCAAGACUGAAAAAUUAUCUUUGGACAGAUUACGUAGACGGUUAUCCCGUGAUUGGUUUGGAAUUCCUAGGGACUAUCUUAGGACCAAAACAAUUAAGACGUGUUGUAUCAUGUUUUCCAAUGAGAGUUGCAAACAGGAUAUCUGUACCAAAACAAUGUGUAUGCGAUAUAACAAGCUUUCGACCUUACACACCAGGCCUCAUCACAAAAGCUAUGACGAUGUGGUCAAUCAUGCAACGGGUCGAAAAGAAAUCUGAUGUAUGUAUCAUUACAGGUUCAGUUCAAUCAGAAAAUACAGUAGCAACCCUUCUUCUAGAUAUGCUGCAGACGGUAAAGCACUGUCGUGUGCACAUAACGUCAAUAUGCUAUCUUAAUGAUGCGAGAUACCUUGAUAAUGAUGUGUUUGUUUUAUUUCAAAAAUUUUCACAAGACGACAUAGCAUGCGUUUUACGAUCCGGAAUCGUACUUAUAGGUUUUGAUGAUGAGAUGUCAUUCCUGACCUCUCAAGUUUUCCAGAUGAGUGCUAAGGACAUCGGAAUCAUAGCAGUGAAGAGAAGCAAUACUUUCACAAUGAAUAUUACUACUACCUUUUCAAAAGUCACUCGUUGGUUAAAACGGCAUCCGAAACGAUACAUCCUGUCUGAUGAUACUGGGGGGCUACUUCCGACAAUCAGACUUAACGGCGCAAAAAGUGCUGAUAAGUUGGAUAUAAAGACUAAAGCAAUGGAAAACAAGCUCUUUUAUAAAAAUGCAACAUAUGUGGUUGUGGGUGGACUUACUGGCCUUGGUUGGGAAAUCGUCAAGUGGCUGGGCUACCAAGGUGCAGGGAUAGUAGUAACACUAUCAAGGAAAGGCCACAAUCCACAAAUGAAAGAACAAAUUCAGAACGCCAUGGACAUACAUAAGUAUGAAAUAAUUCCAACAAAAUGUGAUGUUAGCAAUUAUGCAGACGUAAAGAAAACGUUUGAUGAAAUAAGAAUACAGUUUCCAUAUCACCCAAUAAAAGGGAUAUUUCAGGGUGCUGGAGUGCUGAGAGAUACUCGUACUGAAAACAUGACAAUGGACAAAUUCAAGGAAGUGUUGCAACCAAAGGUUUUAGGAACCUGGAAUCUACAUCUCGUAUCGAAGGGUUUACUUUUGGAUUUCUUCGUCAUGCAUUCUUCUACUACAUCUGUGUUUGGAAACGCUGGUCAGACAAAUUACGGAGCUGCAAAUUCCUUCCUGGAUUCAUUGGCCUUUUACAGACGAGCCAAAAAUCUACCUGGACAGACCAUUAACUGGGGCGCAUUAUCCGUGGGUAUGGCGAAUGACGAAAAGACACGAAAUAUCUUAGAAGCUCAGGGUUUUUAUGUGCUUGAAACAGAAGAGAUCAAAGAAUGCCUGAAGGAUUCAUUGAUUCGUAAUCCGUGCCAAAUUGUGUACGGUAGGUUUGACUGGAAUAUCAUAGGUAAAAACCCGUCCAUGAUGCGAACUUCCGCAUCUGCUAGUGAUGAGAUAGUAGAAGCACGUGAGACUACGGGCCAACGACGUGUCGUCAAUACUUUGCUGGAUCAGUCUACGAUAAUGGAAGAACCAUUUGAGGAACAAAGAAAGACAAUCACACGUUUGUUGUUCAACAUUAUAUCAAAGGUUUUAUCGAUUGAUGUAAGAGAAUUAGAUGAAAAUCUUAAUCUUCUAAGCUUAGGUAUGGAGUCACAAAAAGCCGUGGAAUUGAUCCAAUUAGUAAAAGAAGCCACAGGGUGUCGUCUUCCGGUUGCUUAUAUCCUUUCUCCUAAUCAAACCAUAGGAAUAUUGAUUGAUUUUGUUCAUACAAACAUAAUAGAUAAUGCAAAAAUGAAUGCAACUGAAACUUCUGCUGAAGUAAAAAAUGACGUGCACGGAUCACCUUCUUGGAUGGAAAAGCUUUACAUAGACAUGUGCAAUAACAACGCUAUGGAUACUAGUCUUUGGUUUAGCACUGAUUUUAAACUUGGAAGGGGUUUAUCUAAUGUGAAAACAUGGCAAACUGUAUUGAGGUGGAUCACAAUCAGAAACCCGGAAUUGAGAACUUUGUAUCAACAAACUGAUAACCAGCUCCGAUUUGGUAUGAAGAAAAUCGUUUUGGAUCCAGAGGAUGCAAAAAUAGACCUACGCUGCGUAGACUCGCGCGUGAUGACAAGAAUGACAGACAAGGAUAUUGUCAAAUAUUGCUCUUUUGAUAUUACAAAAGAUCCACCGUUGCGGACUCUGUAUUGCAACAAAGGAAAAAACCAUCGCAUAAGAUUUAUAAUAAGUCACGUUAGUUUCGACUUGCAAAGUUUUUUUACAUUGGUGCCACAAUUACAUCGUUACCUACGGGCAUAUAUCUUAAAGAAUGAUGUCACAGUUCAAGCAGUAGAAGCACUAGAUAUUGCCGUAUUAAUGGAAGAACGUAUAAAUGCUGAUAGGUUCUAUCUUGAGAAUUACUGGAAAGGAGAGCUUAAUAAAAUUUGCGGGAUACCCUCUAUAAACGGUGCUGAAAAGGACAUACAACUAUCAGAGAAAACCGAGAAGUUAACGAUGCACUUACCCAAAGAGUUAGUGGAUAAGAUUAAUGACAACGAUUACGGGGUAACUACGCCUUUUUUCUUGUUAAGCUUGUAUCAGAUUAUUUUACAAAAGAUGACGAGUGUUCAUGUCGUUCCUGUUGUAAUGGUGGUUGACAUGCGCCGACACUUCCCGCAGUUCAAUGACAGGAUAUUUCUUGGUACUAAUUACAUACCAGUCAUUACAGAAUUCAAAAGCCCCAUAUUAACAUUACAGGAGUGCAUCGAAUUAUGUUCAAAGCAGGCGAUAUUCUCUAUUGAAAACAGCCUCUACCCUUUCGAACUCAUCAAACAACUUCAUGCAAAGAAACAAAACUGUUUCAGACAUUUUUUCAACGUCAGAGAUAUACCAAUGCAACUUGCCAAACCCACUCAAAACUCCAGGUACUACAUGGAAAGUGUGGGUUACGUUACAGGUUUUCUUAACCAAAUCGAGACAGCUUUGAAUGUUGUUACAGAUCGUAAGACAGGAUUAAUAGAACUAGUGUUAAGUUACGAUUCAAAAAGUAUUAGUUCGUCACAAGCAAACAGAAUGCUCAAUGAUGUCUCCAUCUUGGCUUGUGCUACUUUGACAAACUCAGACCUACAGCUAAAUGAGGUUCCAUUGGAAUGUUGUUGGACGACUUAUGCCUCAGCCAAAAUGGACAAAUAUUUGUCAACAGUGAUAUUUAUGAAAGAGACGACACAAGGCUGGGAACACCCGGCACAGCUGAUGCUAAACGUCAUUAACAAUGUACCAAAGAUAGCGUGGGUCCAUCCUGAUGAAAGUAAAGGCUCUCUACGAGGUGAAGUGCCAAUCAAAUGUGUCCUUGAUGUCGACAUCGCGAGACUAUGUGAUUUAUGGUGCUUAAUCAUCCAGACAACAAACAGGCGAUAUUGCUUCAAGACGAGCGACUACUUUAUGGUUCAAGCAUUGAAAGCCAGGAUCCGUAAUCUCAUGUCUUCCAACACACAUAUAUUGGAGAGUGUUACCAAAUGA